CCAAAAAUAGUUUUCGUCCAAUUUUCCUAUUCAUCAUUCAUUCCUCGUUGCUCUCUCUAGCGACCUGUACUCUGCACUUCAGAUCUCCGAGAGACAAUAGUGAAAUAUGAUGCAUCCGUGCAUGAAGUGAUGUUGGAGAUUGGACGAAAAUUAGCGGAAGGUUUGGGUAUGAAAGGUAAACUUUUUGAAGGGUGGUCCUGUCAGUUCAGAAUUAACAAGUACCACUUCACCUCUGAGAGUGUAGGCUCAUCUGGAGUGAUAGUACAUACAGACUCUGGAUUCCUUACAGUGUUGCAAGAUGAUGAGAGUGUGGGUGGAUUAGAAGUCAUUAAGAGAUCAGGAGAAAUUGUGGUAGUUGAUCCCUUGCCUGGUAGCCUCCUGCUUAACCUUGGAGAUAUGGCCACCGUAAGUUUAAUUCCCUUAUUUGUGCUCAUUACUAAGUCGAGCUUAUCAGGAUCCAAUUGCUCGUUGAAGUUUAAUCGACAAUGUUGUCAUAUUAAGAUAUGGAGUUCCAUCAUAAAAAUGUAAACUUUAUGGAAGAGGAGUAGAUCAACAUCUCAAAUAGUUGUUUAGAUGUUCUACCCAUUAUGUGCGAAAAAUACUUCAAACGACAAUUUUAAGAGAAAUGAAAAAACAGGCUCUAAACGGGCUAACCGAAGUAAGAGAAAAAUACUCCUUGUGUCCUUUAUAACUUUUUCAACUGGCCUUCUUUUUGUUCUCCCGCUUUCUUUGCCACUUUCACUUCUUAGUAAAAAAGUUAUAGUUACCGUUAAUUAAUCCUCUCUCUUCUGCACAAAUCUCAACCACACAACUUUGACUUUAUUGUUCUAUAUGUCAGUGUACUUUGACAAAGUUAUAAGAGAUGAAGGGAUUAGUUACAAUUGUAAUGCAAGAUAUCGUAAUGUUUCUCAUGCAGCAAGGCUCAAUGCAAGAUUUUGAUCACUUUUAAUGUUUUGUUUUUAUUCUUUGAGUGGUUACAAGAUUUGGAGCAAUGGAAGAUUUUACAAUGUAAGGCAUGGGGUGAUGUGCAAGGAACCAAAAAUGCGGCUCUCAAUUGCUUCAUUUCUUUUGGGUCCCAAAGAUGUUGCAAUAGAGCCACCACAAGAGCUUCUUGCAUCUGAUCCACGACGGUUGUAUAAACCCAUCACUUAUACGGAGCUUAGAAAACUUCGGAUACUUAACAAAUUGCAGGAUGGUAAGGCUCUUGAACUUGUAGAGGUUCAUGAAUCUAUUAUAUGACCUUCAUCUUUCAUGUCUUAUUUGGAAAGAAUGCCAGAAGCCUCAUGAUAAAAGUGGUUGAGUUGUUAAGAAUCUCUAUGUACGCAUAUUAACAAGUUUUGAUUUAUAUGAACAUCGUAUAUCAUAGUUCAAUUAACAUUAGCAAUAGUGUGUAUUAUUUGAAAUUAUUACAUACAUAAGUGCAUUACUCUAAAUAUAAAGAAAUGCAUCAUUCAAUAUAAAUGUUCCCCAAUCCCCAUACAUUCAUGAAACUUCCAUUUGUGGUCAAGUUCCUAAAAAAUAAGUAAAAACUUUCUUAGCUUGUCUCGUAAAGCCAAAGAAAGAAGUAUGACUAUUUAAAUUGCUCUACUCUGUAAAAUAUAAUGUCAUUAACACGGCCGUAACUAAUAUCUUUCUUUAGAAUAUGUUUGGUUUUAAGCUUUUUCGAUAAUAGAGGGAAAACCCAUCGGUUAAAGUUAUUGGAGGCGGAAUCAUUUAAAUUGUCAUUCCUUUAGUUCCAUGUGUCCAUUUAGAGCUUUUUUUAGGGUUAGAUAAAAUAAGUGCAUGUUUGGCACACACAAGUAUCUCAGUAUUUGUAAGGUGUUAGAGACUGUCUAACCAACCAAGCCCUAUCCGUCGAUCCCACUUGACGAGGAGUUGGACAGGGGGUUGGGGGGGCCGAAUUUUUUUGGGUCCGUUUUUGACGAUCAAGUUUUCCGUAGAAUUCCGUACGGGUGGGCCGUACGGAUUCCGUACAGAUGGGUCGUACGGUUUUUUUCUUUUUUCUUUUUGGCCGAGCCUCCUAGUUGGAUUAGGGGUAGGUUUUACUUUCUAUAAAUAGUUAAAUACAAGCUCUCUCUCUUUGUAAUCUCUUGAAUCCGAAAAUAGCAAUAAUAUUCCUGGCUUGGUAGCGCCCCAGACGUAGUCAUUCGUGGCGAAUUGAGUUACCAAAUUUCGUGUGUUUUUUAAUUGUUCUUCGUGUUGCGUAAAUUAAUUCCUAACGGUAUUUGCCUUCUAGCUUUUGUACUGUGAAAAGGUCUCUAAAAGCUUCUAGUUGUAUGUUUGACAUGACAAAUUUUAAAAACUUUUCAAAAAAUAAAAGAUUUUUUUAGACGCUAGAGCGAGUAGCAUUUGAGAAAAGUUUGUGACUUUUAGUAUUAAUUUGUGUUUACAGCUUGUAUACCAAAAAAACUAAAUCAAACAAUCAUCUUUUUACCAAACAGCCAGCACUUUUUCUUUUUAAUAUCUUUUCAGUGACUAAAAACUAACAGUUCGCCAUUUGUGGUGGUUCCCAGUGGAAUUGUUUGAUUAAAAUUUUUGAGCAUCUUAUUCAUUAAGUUUAGUUUACUCAUACCAAAUUUCAGCUAAAAAAUCAACCUAGUAGGCAGUCAAAUGAUUUUCUGAAAUAUACUGCGCUGCUUAACUGCAUAGUUAUCUUCAAAAAUUCAUUUGACUGCCUUCCUGAUUGAAUUUGUAGCUGAAAUUUGGUGUGAGUGAACUAAACUUAAUGAAUAAGAUACUCAAAAAAAUUCAUUAAAAAAUUUCACUAGGAACCACCUCAAAUGACGACGAACGGACAUAGCCAUUUGGUAGUAAGUUCGAGAGCUUAUUUGGUAGUUCUCUCAAUUUCUUUAUAAUUAAUGAAUUGAAGUUUCUUGUGUGUGGUGUAUGGAUCACAAAUCACAAUGUGAACUAAAUGAAUUGUUGGAAUGACUCAAGGAGGAGAUCACAAGUUCGAAUCUCAUCCCAGUUCAAAAAUGUUGAUAUUAACAUUGAACAAAUACUAAAUAGUUUUUGAGAAUUCAAAAUUAGUGAGUGGUGAUGAAAAAGUGAUUUUGGGCCGAUGACCGUCGCCCUCCUUUAUCACACCAAGAAGGAAUUGGGAACUCCAAAUUCGACAGAUCGAUUUGCCGCAAAGCAAAGUUCGUCACUCCUGAGAACUGUUUGCCAACAAACAAUCUAAACACGCAACUCAAGCUUUACAGGAAAUCUCAACAAAACAAAAGGCGACACAACAUGAGUAUUAGAUCACAAUCCAAAGAUUUCCAUUGGGUCUAGCUUUAGUUUUUUACGUUCUCUUUUAUUCUAUGCAUUUUUUUCCUUUUUUUGGGUUCUUGCACCGUACUUUUUUAUUUUUAUGAAUAAAAUCGUUCUUUUUCUAAAAAAAAAAAGUGAUUUUGGGCCGAUUAACGUAUAUCCGAAUUCCCAAUCUCACAUUCUACAUUCGGGAAUUGGAGCAAGCCGAAUAUAUCUACUGCACUCAAAAAAAUAUCAGAGCCAUCUGCCCGAUUCAUCGUUUGCCUCCUCUUCUUCGACCUGUGCUCUGAGCUUCAGAUCUCCGAAUCUGUUUUUUUACUUCACUCAUUUGGGCAUCGCGCAGUUGGGAUUUGGAAUCCGAAUUUCUCCGUCUCCCAAUCUGCUGGCGGAAACGUCCUGGCAGCAAUAAGUGAUAUUUGAGAAUGGGUAAUGCUUCUUCAAUGUUAACCCAGUAUGACAUUGAAGACGUCCAAGACCACUGUAACCAUCUCUUUAAUCAGCUAGAAAUACUGUCACUGUAUCAGAGGUUCUGCCAGCUUGAUAGGAGCGCGAAGGGGUUCAUAUCAGCUGAUGAGUUUCUGUCGGUUCCCGAGUUUGCCAUGAAUCCCCUCUCCCAGAGAUUGCUCAAGAUGGUAGAUGGAUUAAACUUCAAGGAGUUUGUAGCUUUCUUGUCAGCCUUUAGUGCCAAAGCAAGCAUGAGGCAAAAAGUUGAACUUAUCUUCAAGGUAUAUGAUUCUGAUGGGAAUGGGAAGGUCUCAUUCGAUGACAUGAUUGCGGUGCUUCAGGAUUUAAGUGGUGCAUACAUGUCUGAUAAACAAAGAGAGGAUGUUUUGAGCCGUGUUUUGCACGAGGCUGGUUAUACAAGGGACUCCUUAUUAUCUGUGGAUGACUUUAUUAAGGUGUUUGAUCAUCCUGGCUUGAAGAUGGAGGUGGAGAUCCCAGUUGACUAGCAGCACCAAUUCUUGUUAUUCUACAACAGUACAGCUGCAGAGUCUGCAGACUGCAGUGGAGUUUUGAGUUCAUGUUGUACUAACAAAUAGUCGUUUUUUUGUUUUACAUUCCCUUCUUUUUUUAUUUUUUCAGGAAAUAAUACAAGUAUGUGUGAUUUACAAAAGAUUAUGACACUUUUGGACUUGUUUGGUUGGAGAAUUUGGGGAGGGGAGCAAGGGAAGUAAAGCCGUAAAGGUGUGGUGCGCAAACACAAACACACAUUAUAUGAAAUUUAUUUCAACUAACCCGCUAUGUUUCUGUUAUUUUACUCAAACACACAUAUACUCUGUAAAUUUAUUUUACCUAAUCGGCUAUGUUUCCACUAUAUACUAGCAACGGGCCAUGUUUAAAAAGUUUUUAAAUCCCCAUGGUUGAGCAAAGGUUGCAGGUUUUAUGUGUGAUCGCUACGUUCGGCUCAAUAUUCUCCCAGAUUGUAUUAUUGUCAAAAAAAGUAAAUCUACAACUCAUUAUUUC